UGUGGCACACAGGGCCCUCUCAUUUUGCAUUGUGUCCAGGAGCCGGUUAUGACCUCUCUUGUAUCUAUACGUAUGGCCUUAUUCUGUGACAUGAGGCAGCCAGCUGAACUGUGAUUGCAGCUCUGGAUGUAGUGGUCAGUGGGUCCUGAGCUUGUACUACAUACACAUGUGGCUGCAGAGCUCUGGAGAGGAGUGCAAGCUCUGCGGCACAGAGAGCAGUUUGGAGAGCCGGGCCGGUGGCUCAUGUUCCCGGCUGCACUGAUGAGAGGUCCGGUCAGGGUUCCUCAGGACAGAUGCCAGCCAUAGGAUGGACCCCCGCAGAGGGGCACUGAAUCACAUUUUCACACCUUGUUAAAAACAAAAAGCGCCUUCAUCAGGAGUUUGUUUUUCUGCUUUUAAAAUCAGGAAAUGAGUUUUAUGGGAUUUCCAGGUUCUGGCCUCGACCCGCAACAAACUGAUAUAAAUAUAUGAGGCUUAAGAGAAAAAAUCCAAAACCAGUAGAGAUAGAGGAAGAGAGCGUGGCCUCAGCGCAGCCAUGGUGCCCUCCACUCUGCCCGUCCUGGCUCUGCUCCUGCUGCUGCCAUCUGCACAGACUCGCUGCUACUUCCAAGCCAAAGCUCUGUGUCGCUAUUCUGGGAAGAGUUUCAAGCUGGGGGAAUCAUGGCUGGGGCCAGACUGCCAGCUCUGCACCUGCCUGCACCCUGUGGGAGUAGGGUGUUGUGAGAUAACGCAGCACCCUAUUGACUUUCCAUCAUGGUGUGAAGCUCGUUAUGACCCUCAGACAUGUCAAAUUUCCGUGGUACAGAAAGCCAAUCCUAAUCUGCCAUGUGUGCACAGCGCUGACUAUGAAUGGGGGUCGGCAGGAACACCAGAACCAUCCACCCAGAACGUCUAUCCAACACACCUGGGCAGAUAGGAGCCUUGCUUCCCCCUCAUGACAUGUUAUGGACAAAUCUAAUGGACAACCUCCAUCAUUACUGACAGCAUUUCCCUUCUGUCUCCAAAAACCACUUAAUGUGUGUCUAGAGUGACCGCUGUGCAUGUUUCUCCCAUAGACAGAAAAUGCAGACAGUGGUGGGCACAUACAUCCCAAUACUGUGUAUGACCACUGAGAGCACCCAACGCCCUGCGCUCCUCCAGGCAGGUAUAUUCUUAUGCUGUGCUUCCAAAUAAACUCUUCCCAUUGUACAUCAGAGUCCAUUCCUGAGCGAUUCAUACAUCUGCAGACACCAUCUCCUCCAUGUCCUGCCAUCGACACCAGAAAACAGCCCACUGCAGAGCACCAUCUUGAGGCGGCAGCUCCUCUGCUACAGGGAGACCAAAAACAGCCAUGGGUAAUACUGCUGGCUCCUCCUACUGGA